UGUCAGAAACAGUUGAUUAUAAUGUCAGUACUGUCCAAUUUACGGGCUUAAAGCAGCAGCUGCAUACUGCAUUUUCCCUGAAGUAUUCAAAGAUCCUGACUCUUAAAAACUUUGUAGUUCUUGUAAUAGAAGUGGGGCAUCAUGGUUUGGACAAAUGGUACAAGUCUCUAUACCAGAUUUCUUAUGUGGCUUCUUCUCCUGUAUAUGUUCAUGAGGAAGGUAAUGCCUGAAGAUAACAUCAUUACAACCAAGAAAGGCAGAGUCAGAGGGAUGAACCUGCAGGUACUGGGGGGAACGGUGACAACCUUCCUUGGAAUACCUUAUGGACAGCCACCCAUUGGUAGACUGAGAUUUCAAAAACCAGAACCUCGUGAAAAGUGGUCAGAUGUUUGGGAUGCCACAAAACAUGCAAACUCUUGUUACCAGUCUAUAGAUAAAACUUACCAAGGAUUUCCUGGAACAGAGAUGUGGAAUCCAAAAACUAACCUAAGUGAAGACUGCUUAUACCUUAAUGUGUGGGUUCCUUCUCCCAAACCCAAGAAUGCAACUGUCAUGGUGUGGAUAUAUGGUGGUGGCUUUGAGUCUGGGUCGACUUCCCUACCAGUCUAUGAUGGCAAGUUUCUGGCCAGGGUAGAAAGAGUCAUUGUAGUUUCUAUGAACUACAGGACUGGUGCGUUAGGAUUUUUGGCUUUGCCAGGAAACCAGGAAGCUCCUGGAAAUGCAGGUUUAUUUGAUCAAAGAUUGGCACUUCAGUGGGUCCAGGAGAACAUAGCAGCGUUUGGAGGCAAUCCAAAAAGCGUGACUAUAUUUGGAGAGAGUGCUGGCUCGGCUUCUGUCAGCUACCAUAUCCUUUCUCCUGGAAGCCAUCCUUUAUUCACAAGAGCCAUCAUGCAAAGUGGAUCUGCAAACGCCCCUUGGGCUGCAAUAACAGCGUCUGAAGCCAGAAACAGAACAGUGGCUUUAGCUAAAAAACUCCAGUGUCCCACUAGCAAUGAGACACAGCUAAUUCUCUGCCUCCAAGACAAGGACCCAAAGGACAUACUGGAGAAUGAGAUUUUUGUAGCAUAUGACCCUCUUUUACACAUAUAUUUUUGUCCAACUGUAGAUGGUGAUUUUCUCUCAGACAUGCCAGAAACAUUGAUUGAGAAUGGCCUUUUCAAACAAACACAGAUCUUACUCGGUGUUAAUAAAGAUGAAGGAUCAGCGUUUCUAGUAUAUGGAGUCCCUGGCUUCAGCAAGGAUAACGAUAGCUUGAUCAAUAAAACAGAAUUUGAAGCAGCUUUACGGCUGUCCUUCCCAGAAGCAAGCCCGCUUGCAAUAGAAUCGAUUAUUUUUCAAUACACGGAUUGGGAAAAUGAGCAAAAGCCAGAACAUUACCGUGAUGCCAUGGAUGAUGUUAUCGGUGACUACAAUAUAAUAUGUCCUGCAAUGGAAUUCGCCAAAAAAUUUGCACAAGUAGGACACAACGCGUUCUUUUAUUUCUUUGAACACCGAUCCUCAAAGCUCCCUUGGCCGGAGUGGAUGGGGGUAAUGCAUGGAUACGAGAUCGAGUUUGUGUUCGGACUGCCCCUAGAAAGAAGAGUGAAUUACACCAAAGCUGAAGAAAUCUUAAGCCGGACCAUGUUGAGAUAUUGGGCAACUUUUGCGAAAACUGGAACUCCAAAUGGGACCCUGAUUAAUGGAACAAGAUGGCCAGUCUUCACUAGUACCGAACAGAAAUAUUUGACAUUAAAUACCGGCACUUCAGAGAUACUGACAAAACUACGUGCUCAGCAGUGUCGGUUCUGGAAUACUUUUUUUCCCAAAGUCCUGGAAAUGACAGGAAAUAUUGAUGAAGCAGAACGGGAGUGGAAAGCAGGAUUCCAUCGCUGGAACAAUUACAUGUCAGACUGGAAAAAUCAAUUUAAUGAUUACACUAGUAAGAAGGAGAUAUGUGCAGGCUCUAAUUAAUAUGUUUACCCUUU